CGGUGUUUGGCUUUUGAACUGAGUUCAAGGCAAUUAAAGUCAUGGGCUAAGGAGUAAAGGAGGGGGGUUAAAAAUACCAGCAUAAUAAGUAGUAUGACUGGAGUGCUCUGCAAAUUAACUCAAUUAGACAAAGCCUGAUUUAACGGGGAAGAUGGUGAGAAGCGCUACCCUCAUUAAAUCUGGCUGUUAGAGGCACUUCUAUAAAAUUAAAUUUGUUUGAGUUGUUUGGAUCACAUAAAACAGUCUGUGCGUGUGCAUGUACACACGUGCACAUGCGUGGGUUCUGUGAUUUUGUGGGUAUUUUUUAAAGAGGAGAGGAACAGACCGCAAAACAAAAAUAUACAAAAACAAAACAAAACAGCAAAAACAAACAAAAAUAAAAAAAACGGAGUGAAUGCUCAAGAGCUCGAGUGGAAGACAAGAAGAAAGCAGUGUAGGCGGAGAGAGAAAGUUCCCCGAUUGUAAAGCCAUGCGCUCUCUUUGGUGGGGGCUUCUGCUCAGUUGGCUGGGCUGUGGGAUGCUGCCCGGAGCCCGGGCCCAGUUCCCCCGGGUCUGCAUGACGGUGGCCAGCCUGGUGGCCAAGGAGUGCUGCCCGCCGCUAGGUGUGGAGCCGGCCAACGUCUGCGGCUCUCAAGAGGGCCGGGGCCAGUGCACGGAGGUGCAAGCCGACACCAGGCCCUGGAGUGGUCCUUAUGUCCUGAGAAACCAGGAUGACCGAGAACGGUGGCCACGGAAGUUCUUCAACCGGACCUGCAACUGCACAGGAAACUUUGCUGGCUUUAACUGUGGAGACUGCAAGUUUGGCUGGACUGGCCCCAACUGCGAUCAGAAGAAACCACCAGUUAUUCGAAAGAACAUUCAUUUUUUGACCCCUCAGGAGAGGGAGCAGUUCUUGGGUGCCUUAGACCUCGCGAAGAACACCACACACCCUGACUACGUGAUCACCACGCAACACUGGCUGGGCCUGCUUGGGCCCAACGGCACCCAGCCACAGAUCGCCAACUGCAGCAUUUAUGAUUUCUUUGUGUGGCUUCAUUAUUAUUCUGUUAGAGAUACAUUAUUAGGACCAGGACGCCCCUACAAGGCCAUUGAUUUCUCACACCAAGGACCCGCCUUUGUCACCUGGCAUCGGUACCAUUUGUUGUGGCUGGAAAGAGAUCUCCAGCGACUUAUUGGCAAUGAGUCCUUUGCCUUGCCCUACUGGAACUUUGCCACUGGGAGGAAUGAGUGUGACGUGUGUACAGACCAACUGCUUGGGGCAGCAAGACAAGAUGAUCCGACUCUGAUUAGUCAGAACUCAAGAUUCUCCAGCUGGGAAAUUGUCUGUGAUAGCUUAGAUGACUACAACCGCCGGGUCACUCUGUGUAAUGGAACCUAUGAAGGUUUGUUGAGAAGAAAUCAAGCGGGGAGAAACGGUGAGAAAUUGCCAUCCUUAAAAGACAUAGAAGAUUGUCUGUCUCUCAAGCAGUUUGACAAUCCUCCUUUCUUCCAGAACUCUACCUUCAGCUUCAGGAAUGCCCUGGAGGGGUUUGAUAAAGCAGAUGGAACCCUGGACUCCCAAGUGAUGAGCCUUCAUAAUUUGGUUCAUUCCUUCCUGAACGGGACAAAUGCUUUGCCACAUUCUGCAGCCAAUGAUCCCAUAUUUGUGGUCCUCCAUGCCUUUACUGAUGCCAUUUUUGAUGAGUGGAUGAGAAGAUUCAAUCCUUCCGCAGAUGCUUGGCCUCAGGAGCUGGCACCCAUUGGUCACAAUCGGAUGUACAACAUGGUUCCUUUCUUCCCUUCGGUGACUAAUCAGGAAUUAUUUUUAACCGCAGACCAACUUGGCUACAGCUAUGCCAUUGAUCUUCCAGUUGAAGAAACUCCAAGUUGGUCCGUGACUCUCCCAGUGGUUAUGGGAAUGCUGGUGGCUUUGGUUGGUCUUUUUGUCUUGCUGGCUUUCCUUCAGUACAGAAGACUUCGCAAAGGAUAUGCGCCCUUAAUGGAGACACAUUUGAACAAGAGAUACACAGAAGAAGCCUAGGAUGCUCAUGCCUUACCCUAGAGAAGAGGCCAGCCACAAAGACCUUGUUGCUGAGACCCUGACAACAAACUAAUCCUCAUGGUUCUUCCUUUAGCUAAAGAUCUUUGGCACAGCUCAUUCUGUUGUGAUGAUCCCAAACACAGAUGAUGCUUAGCUGUAGUUUCUGGUUUGCUUUUCUGUGUAACAGACUGAAGCUGAAGUGCUUGAGGCUAUCUCUACCAUCAAACAAAGGUAGAGCUGAAGAUGUGUGCUAUCUCAUAAUAGUUCCCCAUAUUGAUUUAGCCUCCUCAGUGUUUUGAGAACAUAAAAAAAAAGUUGGUUGUGUAGAUUUAUUAUAAUAUUAUGGUUAGUGAAAUUUGUGAUUUGGACAAGAUUAUGGUUCAAUCUUUCUCAGCUCAAGUGUCACCAUUUGUAAUAGGGUGGGGUAGGAAGUGGCAGAUGCCACAAUGGUCUCUGAGCUCCCUUUGAACUACAAAUAUCUAUGCUUUUAGGUGCCUUUCUGAUUGUCUUCUUGAGGCUUAUUUUUCUUCUUUUCCUCUUCAGCCUUUAAAAUGGCUGAGAGGAUGAAAAUAGGCCUUAUUUUCCAAGUAAGGUAGAGAAUAAAUGAAUGAAUGAAUGAUUCGGUUCUUUUAUAUAUCAGACUUUUCAGAAUUUGUCAAAAGUCUGAAGUUCUUAACAGUAGACAUAUCACAAGAUUCAAUAGCUGGAUAAAUAUGAAUCAUACAGUGAUAAAUAAGUAAAUGAAGGAUUAAAUUAUAGAGCUUUCCAGUUAACUAACAUACAAUUUCAAACCAUUACCAAAAAUAGAAUCCCUCUUUCCAGGAAAGGCUGACUGGAGAAGGCUGGUGAGGAUCCCGAAUAUCAGAGUUCCAUUGCUCUCAGUCUCAUUUGACUGAUCCUGAACCAAUUUCUUUACUAGGUAGCCUCAGAUGAAAAAUUACUAACCUAAAAUGCAUUUGGCUUAUUUUUAAGAGUUGACUUUGUACUAAUUAAUUCUGUAUUAUACUGACAUUACUUAUGAAUAUUAAUUAAUUAAGUCUCAUCAUUUAAAAGCAAACCAAGUAUACAAAAUAGAACCACUCAGAAUUAAAUGCUUAUGCUCCAUUUAGUAAACAUCAGAUCACGAGAGAUAAGAUUGAGGCAUUUUUUUUUCCACUAAGAUGUUUAAAUUUAGCAAUAUGAUCUUCACUUCCAAGAAGCUAAUAGCUAUUGAGAGUUCAAGGCAAAUUUCACCUGCUCAUAUCUGGUACUUAUGUAUCAGGCCAAAGUUCUAGAAGGUAGCCCGUUUGUCUGCUCAUUUCAGCACCUCUCUCUGGAAUUGAUGUGUGUCAAGAAUGGGUGCUAAGAGGAUCCUAGAGCUGCCUUCUACAGAUGGGGGCUUAGAGGGUACAAGGUUCACCAACACCCAGUGUUGUCCACUGGAAUAAAACUGGGAAAGCCAGAGAAAUGGACAAAGCUCAAUCUGAACUGAAUUUGAGUCUCAUAAAGCCACAGGUAUAUUUAAGAGUAGGCUCAGCAAAUAAGAACCAAGGUAGCCCAGAGUCCUUCAUGGGGUGAAGGACUGCUGAGAUUUUUUUAGCCACAGCUGCAUCAGAAUUCCUGCCUUUAACAGCAUAUGGAAAAUUUAACAAUGUUUCAUUAACGUUCUCCACUUUGAAAAGUUUAUGCUCCCGACUCAGAGUUGAACACAUUUUUACAUCCAUUUUUACACCAAAGGAGAUAUAUAUUAAAAUGAACAUAUAGCUGUGCAUGAUAGGAUGUUCCAGAAAAGUUGUGCAUAAAUCAUUUCUACGUUAAAAGCAUCAGGGGAAUUAGUUUUUAUAGAUGAACUAUUAUGAAUAAUUCUAUAAAGCAAAUAACCACCUCUAGCUUCUCUUUUAGGUAUAUUAGAAUUUUCAUACAUUGUAUUCUCAUAAGAUUUGUUUAAAGCAAGAUCUAUUUGUGGUAGAAGUAAAGGAUAGUCAUUUAUACUUAGCUAUUUUAUCUUUAGUGCUGAAACUUAUAAAUAUUAUAUUUUAUAAUGUCUUCCUGAAAAAAAUAAUUUCCUGAUUUUAUAGUCCUUUUAAGAGGAAUAACAUUUUCUAACAGUUUCUAAUAUUACAAUAAAUCAAUGAUGAAUGUCUUUUAAAAAAUUUAAAGGUAGAACAAACCUGUAGGAUAAAAAGAGUUGGUAUUUACAUACAUUGAAUGUUAUGCAAAUAAAUUCAGAAAAUAUCAAUGAGCAUUGUAGGGUUAUACUUCUCAAUGAUAGGAAGAAAAUUCAACCUUGAAGAAAAUGAAUAGAUAACUUUAUAUGCUAUAUCCUCAGUAUGAGAAAAAUUAUAUGUAUAAGAAUUAUGAUUUCAAAGGAAAUGUUUUUAUAAAUCUAAUACACAGAAGUGAAAUGAAAUCCACUGACAUCUUUCCUUUGUGAACGAAAUUCUCUUCUAAUUCUAAAAUUCUUUGACAUUAAUUUGUGUCUUGCUUAGGAUUUAACAUUGUUAAUUAUAAUAAUCCUAAUGAAUAAUUUUAAUCUCACAUUAACAAGAAGUAAAAAACUUAUUAAAGAAGAAAAUAAAAAUAAA